CUUAGCAAUCCCAUCGAGCUCCUCAGGGGCAGCAGGCGUACCACCAAGACUUUCAUCGUACUAGACUGGCUUGAACUUACUCCCGCGGUAUCUAUACGACAUCCUCUUGCCCUCCACUUCUAGGCGUACCUCCUCUACGUCUCUUCAGAAAAUUCCCGAUAAUCGCACUCCAGACGCAAGACAGGUAGACGACAAGAUCAUGAGGAGAGACCUAGGCCAGUCUGCAGCGCAUGCCCAAGACGAUUCAGAGGUUUUGCAGCCACCAGUUGUCGAGCAUGGCGAUGCAAUUGACCCUACUACAGCGGAGUCCUCGGGGAAUGCGCAACGACGGCAAGAACAGCAGCAGUACGAGCAGGAGCAGGCAGACGUCAGCAUCGAAGACGUAGACGAGGAGGAUGGAGAAGAGCAGGCCCUCGUAGGACGGCAGCGCAACAGCUCCGAAUCAACCAUUGGAGCUUCGACGAUGAAGAGUGGUCGUACACGGACUGAGGCUCCUUCAGUCGCCUCUCUGGGCGAAUCAGCCGUCUUCCGGGAUCGACCCCAGGCGCCGCCAGCAGCAGUCAUCUCCAGCAGACGACGGAGGAACAAGAGCAGAAGCCACCUGCUGGUCAUCUGGCAAAUUGCAAAAGAAGCACUCCCCACAUUAGUCCUCUCGUUGCUCUCCCUUAUGUUCUCCGGAGAGCUCCUGGUGCACCUCGCCCGCUGGCCGGUCUUCCUCAAGGUGGACAAGCUCUUUGUUCUACUGCCUAUCUUGCUCAAUCUCAAGGGCAAUCUGGAGAUGAAUCUCUCGCUGAGGAUGAGCACCAGCGCCAAUAUUGGGGAAUUGGACAUUACGAGGACGAGGCAGACGCUGAUCGUAGGAAAUAUGACCUUGCUGCAGGUGCAGGCAUUGAUCGUCUCUGCGGGAGCUGGAGUCCUGGCUUUCCUCCUCGGCAUGGCUGCCGAGUCGUCAUCGAAGGUCGCGGAGGUUGCAUCUGUAUCGUCGCGGUCGGCAAACUCACUCAGAAGUCUGCUACAGAGAGGAGCAACGCCCAGGGGAAUGGGCAGUGCGCUCAGCUCGACUUCGACGGCCUCGGUACCCUCCUCGCCAUUGCAACCACGCCGCAUCAUUCACCACCACCCCAAGCCUCCUGCCGACCCAGCCCUUCGUCUGCGCAAUGGCUACUUCGAGUUCGUCCUCGUCCUCGCCACAGGUAUGCUCUCCGCCUCAAUCUCCUCUGCCAUCCUGGGCAACUUCAUGUGCGCUCUAGUGGUUGUAGCCCGACAAGUUGGUGCCAAUCCGGACAAUAUCGCGUCCCCUCUAGCUGCCUCUCUCGGUGAUCUUCUCACCUUGAUCAUCGUGGGACUCUUGGCCUCCUUUCUGAUCAACUUCGAGGGCACGAUACUCGCCUCGCUCAUCCUCCUCUUCCUCAUCAUAGCCUGCAUAGUCUGCUUCAUAGUCACCCUGCGGAACACCUAUGUCCGUGAGCUCCUCUCCUCGGGUUGGGUCCCCCUGAUCAUCGCCAUGUUCAUCUCUUCUGGUGCUGGACUGGUCCUCGACUCCUUUGUGCAGCGUUACCCCGGCUUUGCACUACUGAGUCCCGUAGUGACGGGUCUACCGGGCGCGUGCGCGGCCAUCUUUGUCAGUAGGAUCAGCACGACGCUUCACUCCGGCAAGGGAGAGCUAGCCCUGAUCGACUCGCCUACGAGACACUCUCCUCUGGGCAGCUCGAGACCUGCAAGCGGGCCGGGCUCUUGGGUCUAUUCUGGCCUAUCCCACUUCUUUGCUCUCUUCCAGUCCGGUCCACCCACUGAGGGUUGGGUAGUCCCCCUCUCUCUUCUCGUCAUUGGCUUCUCCAUCGAGACACUCUUCCUCCUCUUCGUCUGGGUCAGUGGACAGAUGCACUUUGGCUGGCAAUUCGUCUUCACCUUUUGCACAUUGGGACUAGCGGCAGUGGGCUUUGCACUUUGGGUUGCACAUGCCCUGACACUUUGGUUGUGGAAGAGGGAUUAUGAUCCUGACAUCUACUGUCUGCCCUACGUCUCCUCGAUUGUAGACGUGGUAGGUCAGCUGCUCCUUGUAGCUGCGUUCGGAAUAGCCAUCUUCCUCGGUGACAAUAUCACUACCAGCCUUGGCGCGAGCGAGGGCAGUGCAGGCGCUUGAGGGGCACGUAAUGGCCUUGACCCGAAAUUCGUGGAUUGAGCUGAGAUGGUCACUGUAAUAAUAUAUCACACUCUAGAAAGCUAGAAUAUAAUCCUGCCGUCAGUCCCGUCUCCUGCUCCAUAGCGACCCUGCAUGAGUGCAGCCCGAUACACCAUUACUAGGCGCGCCGUAGAGAAGAGGAGGACAAGAUGGUUCAU